UGGCAGUGACGUAGCCCUCCGGAAGUGACCCGGAUCGGAACUUUAACUAAAGGAUCGCCUGCUUUUCCACCACAACCGUCGAGGAUCCGUGAAAUAAUUGAUAUCAUCGACCCGACAACGACGAAAUCGGACUAGGAUAGCUUCUAACAACAGAGAAAUGGACGUGUGUGUGUCUACGCUCGAGUGGAUGUGAGAGCUGCCCACGCCACAGAAGGUUCUGCCACACAGUUGUGAACAGCUGAUCUCGAUCGGUCCAACCCGACCCCGGUAGAGCUGUGACCCGGGCUGGUGACUCCCCGGCGGGAAGAUGACCUGCCGAGACCGGACCCUCGAGUUCCAGUCGGCCUGUAAAUCUCUUCAGGGCAGACAGAAUGGAAUCCAGCCGACUAAGCCGGUCCUCAGCGCCCUCAAGCAGCGCAGUGACUUCACCGUCAUGGCCAAGCGAAUCGGAAGAGACUUGAGCAAUACGUUUGCCAAGUUGGAAAAACUCACCAUUUUGGCAAAGAGGAAAUCUCUGUUUGACGACAAGGGGGUGGAGAUCGAGGAGCUCACCUACAUCAUCAAACAGGACAUCAACAGCCUGAACAAACAGAUCGCCCAGCUGCAGGACCUGGUGCGGUCCCGGGGGGCCCCAGGGGGUCGGCACAUCCAGACCCACUCCAACACCAUCGUGGUGUCACUACAGUCCAAACUGGCAUCCAUGUCCAAUGACUUCAAAUCGGUCCUGGAAGUAAGAACAGAGAACCUGAAGCAGCAGCGCAGCAGGAGAGAGCAGUUCUCCCAGCCUCCCUCCUCUUCCUCACCCAUGGCCAACAACUUCAGGAGCCGCAAAAAAGGGGCCCAGGAGCCACAAGCAGCGCGCGAGUACCAGGGCUAUACCACCUCACAUUUCAAAGAAAGCUCUGUGCUGAUGCAGGACGAGUCCCGGAGCAUGGGGGAGGUGGCCAUCGACAUGGACUCCCAGUCCAACCCCAUGCAGCUCCAGCUCAUUGACGAGCAGGACUCGUACAUCCAGAGUCGUGCGGACACCAUGCAGAACAUUGAGAGCACCAUCGUGGAGCUGGGCUCCAUAUUCCAGCAGCUUGCACACAUGGUCAAGGAGCAGGAGGAGACCAUUCAAAGGAUCGACGCCAACGUGGAGGACACCCAGCUAAACGUGGAGAGCGCCCACACGGAGAUCCUCAAGUACUUCCAGUCGGUGUCCUCCAACCGCUGGCUGAUGAUCAAGAUCUUCCUCGUCCUGGUGGUCUUCUUCAUCGUCUUUGUAGUCUUCUUCGCUUAAAGAAAGAGGAUGAAGAGGAUGAUUGGUGGCUGAGGAGCACAGAAUUCUGGGAGGGGUGGGGUGCGAAGAUUAAUGGACUCUUCACCGAGACUCAAAGCGGUUGUCGAGGCAACGCGUGUUAUCUGAAAGUUUUCUCUACCAAUUGGGCUGUUGACUCUUUUUGAAGUUGUUAUUUUCCUUCCUUGUUCGGGAGAGCAGAGGGGCGCCCGGUUGUGGUGUCUGAGGCCAUGUUAAUGAACUGUACUGCCCACCAGACAGCCCAUGCUCUCUGAACGGCAACGCCUUGGAGAUAACACAGAGGUGAGAUGAGCUGCGUGCUAGAGUGAGUGCAGCGCUGUUCAUUGUUAUUUUAGACCAAUUAAUCUGAAUACAUUUAAUCGAAAAUGGCUAUUUAACGGUUUGAUUCUACAAACUAUCUUUUUUUUUUAUUUUAAGAUCUGGUUAAACUGCAGAGGUUCUUCUUUCCCUUCCUCUUCCCGCUGGUGUAGAGCGUGUGUGGUCGCAAAGAGAAAAUAACAAAUGUUUUUGGUUGUGAAAUUCAUAGCCUGCCAUGCCACUUAUUUUGCUGUUGACUUUUGUCACUAAUCUAUUCACAAUAAUUGGAAUACCGACGCUAGGUCCUUUUUUCCCUAUUAAUAUUUUUCUGAACUUUAUUUGCCAAAAUGUGUACUUCUAACAAGAACUGCAUCUGGAAAUAUUAGUCUCUUUUUGUUUGUAUAUGAAAAGAAAGGCAGCAUGGCAAUACAGUCAACUGAAGGGGAACUUCCUGGCAUUGCCCUCCACCAAAACAGAAAUAGUUCAUUUGGAAUUGGUUCAGGCAGCACGUUGACACUUUUUUUCUGUCAGCGUGGACAUCUUGGCAGGUCUGAAUCUGCAUUUCAAAGCAUUUCUUAUUUCCUAGUAGUCUUUACAUGUUUCAGUCCAGUGUAAGGCUCGGUGGGCUUGGCCCACCGGAGGGGGUUGUGCCAGUUAAAGCCUACUAAUGAAGUGACUGCGACCAGGUCACCCAGGUGUCUGGUCGGGCCCGGCUGCAGUUGUUGACUGAUUUGAUGAAGCGCUGUCCGACUCAGAAAGAGGACAGCUCAUGUACAGGAACCGUAAUUUAAAGGACCAUAGCUUUUUGAGAAAGAGAUAUUCUUCCUAUUUUCGUCCCCUGUCUUCACUUUAGCCAAAUGCCUUGAAGUUGAUGUAUAAAGUGCAAAUAGUAAUGAAGGUGUAAUGGAAAAGGAAGUGCAUAUAAAUAAAUGAAUGAUAGGAG